AUGCUGCACCUGAAAGUCCAGUUUCUGGAUGACUCGCAGAAGAUCUUUGUAGUUGAUCAAAAAUCCUGUGGAAAAGGGCUCUUCAACCUCACCUGCAGCCACCUCAACCUUGCGGAGAAGGAAUACUUCGGGCUGGAGUUUCGCAGCCAGGCUGGGAACCAUGUCUGGUUGGAACCACUAAAACCCAUAACAAAGCAAGUCAAAAAUCCUAAGGAGGUUCUUUUCAAAUUUAUGGUGAAAUUUUUCCCAGUGGACCCCGGCCAUCUGAGAGAAGAGCUGACCAGGUACCUCUUCACCCUCCAGAUCAAGAAGGACCUGGCACUGGGGCAGCUGCCCUGCAGUGACAAGAGCGCGGCGCUGCUCGUCUCCCACCUGCUGCAGUCUGAGCUGGGCGACUUCCACGAGGAGACGGACCAGGAGCACCUGGCGACCCAUAGGUACCUGCCCAACCAGGAGUACCUGGACAACAAGAUCAUGCACUACCACCGGAGACACAGCGGGAAGACGCCGGCCGAGUCGGAUGUUCAGCUGCUGGACGUGGCCAGGAAGCUGGAGAUGUAUGGGAUUCGCCCGCACCCCGCCAGCGACGGCGAGGGGACGCAGAUCAACCUGGCUGUGACACACAUGGGGGUGCUGGUCCUGCGGGGCAAUACAAAGAUCAACACGUUCAACUGGUCCAAAAUUCGCAAACUGAGUUUCAAGAGGAAGCAUUUUCUCAUCAAGCUCCACGCAAACAUCUCUGCGCUGUGCAAGGACACGCUGGAGUUCACCAUGGCGAGCCGCGACACCUGCAAGGCUUUCUGGAAGACGUGUGUGGAGUACCAUGCCUUCUUCAGGCUGUCUGAAGAGCCGAAGUCAAAGCCCAAAGCCCUUCUGUGCAGCAAGGGCUCCAGUUUCCGCUACAGCGGGAGGACACAGCGGCAGCUGCUGGAGCAUGGGAGGAAGGCAAAGAUGAAGAACCUACCCUUCGAGAGGAAGCACUACGCGUCCCGCUAUGACGAGAGGCAGUGCCGCUCCUCCCCGGACCUCCUGACAGACGUCUCCAAGCAGGUGGAGGAGCUGCGCCUGGCCUACGGUGGCCGGGGGUCCUACCAUGCCAACGGGGUGCAUGCCUCCGAGCCCACGCUGGACAGCCGGCGCCGGAGCUCUGCCGUGGAGCUGACGUUCGCCGCCGAGCUGGAGCGCUCCAAGCCCGAAGCGUCCCCUGCCUUCCUGCCCCACUCCAAAAGCUCAUCUGCCUUCCCCCUGCUCUAUGCCGAGCUGGAGCUGGAGCGAGCAUGGGAGCCUGCCGACCUCUUCAGCGCCAAGAACCCCUUGACCUCCUUUCGGCCCCACCACCAGUUCGCCGGGAACAGUAAAAGCACCUCGGUGGGCAACAUGCGGGAGGUGAGUGCCCGGCCGCUGGUGUACACGGAUGUGCCGUGCCCCCCACCCAUGGCCGCCCCGGCCCCGCAGGUCCUCUUCUACCUGGACAGGCCCCCGCAGCCCCUGUGCCAUGCACUGGUGCCCGGCGAGGACACAGCCAGUGGAUGCAGCCCUGUGGCUGCAAAACCCCUCAGGCAGAGCCCGAGUGAGACCCGGGCCGGGGAGUUUCAUGGCGAGGCUGCGUGCAUGGCAGCGGGCACAAGUGUGGCCCCAGCAGGGGAGAAGAGGUUGCUGGUUCGCUCCUUCGAUUAUGGCCUUCAGGAGCAGCCUCCCAAGCGGUCUUGGAGCCAGUCAGACAUGAAAACAAUCCGCUUCCCCUACGGCUCCGAGUUCAGGCCCCUGGGGCCCUGCCCCGUACUGAGCAGCCGGAAAGCGGGCGUCUUCCGGCACGUGCCGGCCCAGCAAGGGCUGGCGCUGGGGCCGCGGCGCUCCGCCGAGCGCUACGUGGGCAGCAGCACCGAGUCCAGCGACUCCGACUCCGACCUCCUGGCCGCAGACUACUGCUCCCUGUACGGCCGGGUGCUGCGGUCGCCCAUGGCCCGCGUGCGGCUGUCCUCUGGCAGCCUCCAGCUGGAUGAAGAAGAUGAGGAGGUCUCCUUUGCCACCAGCACUGCUGAAGAGAGGACUUCCAGGGGGGCCUCCAGGUAUUUCACCUAG